UCACCAAAGCAAAAGCGAGAAAGGACGCCGGAGCAGCCAGAGAGUGAGGGCGAGGGCGAGGGCGAGGGAGGAAACAAGGAUCGAUAAAUGAGGACAUGUACAACUCCGAUCCACACCUAAACCGAGCUCAACAGUCGAUCGAUCCCAUUGGCGCAUGGAACCAUCGUCGUCUCUCUGCACAUUUCAGCCGGCGAUGAUCAUUGCAGCGACGCGUGCGGCGGCCCCGUUCGCCCUGCGCCGCGGUGAAGGCUUCUUCGUGCCACCGCAGCGCGGGAGGACGAGGGCUCACGCCGUGCGCGCCGGCCGGUGGCCGCCGGGGCGGGCGCGGGCAGCGGACUCCCAGGCGGCGGCGGCGUCGUCGUCGUCGACGGUGAAGGGAAGAGGGCAGCCGGAGCUGCCCAGGUCGUCGCCCGCGCUGAGGGUGGUGGGCGCCGGCGUGGCGCUGGCGCCUGGCGCUGGCGCUCGGGGCCGUGUCGUGGGCGGCGGCGCGCGGCAGGGGCGCCGCCGCCGGGCCCGUCCUGCAGCCCGCGGCGGCCCCUGGUGUCGUGCGUCCUCAACAGCGCCGCCGCCGACGGCGCGCCGAUGAAGAAGCGCCUGGUCGCUUUCAUGGACGAACUCUCUCGGACAUGAUGCGCAGUAGUGACAUGCUCAGGGGUACGAAUCCCAGGGACAGGGAGAAGAUGGUGGUGGGUCUGGAGGAGCAGUUCUCGAAAACCGACAACGUUGACAAGGGCGUGCAGCUCACUGAAGCAUGGAUCCUUCUGGGAAAUUGGAGGGAGGCAGAAGCUACUUGCCAGAAGCUCACAAACCUCUACCCCCAUGACCCGAAGCCCCGCCUUCUGCCGAUCGUCAUCAACGUGACGCGGGUAAUGGAAACCUUGCUGUCUACAGACCGUACCACCACCGACAAUGACAUAGAGGAGAUAUCCAACAAAAUAAACGAGAUGACCAAGAAUGCCAUUAUUGACGCAUGGAAGAAAUACAGGAAGAAGUGAUGCAAGGCUGUGUCUGUGAAGCAAACUGCUGCGAUGAACCUUUGUCCCCGGCCCAUGUGCCUCUAAAUUUGUGUCAGACCCUCGGAGGAACCGGUGACGGUGACACGUGACUGAUCGUGUGUGUGAGUGUAGGCGUGAGUUGGGUCCACCUGUCGGACGAUGACUUGGGGUUAAAGCCUGGAGGCUGCGUGUAACUGACUAUCGAAUAUUUUCUGAAUCUGAAAUUGAGAACCGGAGAAGGAGACCUCCUCCUUCCUCCGCCGCCGCCAUCGUUGCCUA